CGGCGCAGGCGGAAGCGGAAGCGACGCGCGCUGCAUCGCGCGCUCUCCCCUCAGCCAUGGCGGGCAGCGCGGAGGCAGCGCGGCUGUGUGCGGAGAUCAGCCAGCGGGAGCGGGAGCUGCGCGGCUUACGGCAGCGGCUGGCCGCCGUCCUGGCCGGAGAUUCUGCGGGCGACGACGAGGCUGCUGCGGUGGCCGCCGAGGAGUGCGCCGCCGCCUUUCCCGGCGAGCUCCCCCCGCUGCCCGCUCAGGCCUCCCUGAGCACUGCCGACAUCCUGCGGUACAGCCGGCAGCUGGUGCUGCCCGAGCUGGGAGUGCGGGGACAGCUGCUCCUGGCCCGUUCCUCCGUGCUCGUGGUGGGCUGCGGUGGCCUGGGCUGCCCUCUGGCCCAGUACCUGGCUGCUGCUGGGGUCGGCCGCCUGGGUCUGGUGGAUCACGACGUGGUGGAGACGAGCAACCUGCACCGGCAGGUGCUGCACGGGGAGGCCCGCCGAGGGCUCCCCAAGGCCGCGUCUGCUGCGGCAGCCCUGCGGCUGCUGAACUCCACGGUGCAGUACGUGCCCUACUGCGGUGCCCUGAGCCCUCGCACUGCCCUGGGGCUGGUGCGGCAGUACGAUGUCAUCGCCGACUGCUCCGACAACGUCCCCACCAGGUACUUGGUGAAUGACGCCUGUGUCCUAGCUGGGAAGCCCCUGGUAUCUGCCAGUGCCCUCCGGCUGGAGGGACAGCUGGUUGUGUACAACUACCAGGGAGGGCCCUGCUACAGGUGCCUCUUCCCCAAGCCCCCUCCGCCUGAGACGGUGACUAACUGUGCGGAUGGGGGAGUGCUGGGUGUCGUGCCAGGCAUCAUGGGGUGCAUCCAGGCCUUGGAAGUGCUGAAGAUUGCUUCGGGAAUGGGUUCCUCUUUCAGUCAGUUCAUGCUGAUGUUUGAUGCCCAUGAAGGGAGGUUUCGCAACAUCAAGUUAAGACCAAAGAAACCGGACUGUGCUGUUUGUGGUGACAAUCCAUCUGUUACCUGCCUUCAGGAUUAUGAGGCAUUUUGUGGUUCUUCUGCAACAGACAAGUGUAGGACUUUACAUCUGCUGUCCAGUAAAGACAGGAUAUCUGUAGAGGAAUACAAAAAACUGUUGGAUGAGCAAGUUCCUCAUGUAUUGUUAGAUGUUCGUCCACAAGUAGAAGUGGAUAUCUGUCGUCUGGUACACGCUGUCCACAUUCCUUUGAGUAAAUUGGAAGAAAAAGAUGAAGAAUAUCUGGAAUAUUUAGAAAAAAUAAUUCAUGAAGAAAAGCAAAGAACUAAUGGCCAGACAUCUUUUCCUGUAUAUGUUGUUUGUAAAUUAGGAAAUGAUUCCCAGAAGGCUGUAAGAAUUCUGCAGGAGUUACCCACCAAAGAAUUUGGUUCUCUGUUAGCUAAGGACAUUAGAGGGGGGCUCAUGGCUUGGGCCAGUAAAAUUGACCCAACAUUUCCUCAGUAUUAGAAAUUUAAAUGGUGAAAAAAAGACAAAUUUUCGUAGUAAAUUCCACAGGGUUUCAUCUUCUCUGUGUGAUGACUAUCAUGGAUAGAAUAGGAGAUAGAAAUAUGAUGUUAAUUUUUUUUUUAUGGUAAUUUAAAAAAAAUGUGUAUUUGUAGAUGUCUGAUUAUUUUUAUAAAAAUGUGAAACUAUCCAUGGAAAUGGAAAGAAAUUUAUUUCUUGGUUAUUAUUUAAUAGUGAGUACUUGGAGUAACUACUUAAUUGUGCAUGUGAUGGUUGCGAAUGACUCCUAAUUAGUAAUUAUAACCUGGAGAAUGACCAAACACAGGAGUAAAGCGAAAGUUUUUACUCAUUCUCCUAACUGCCUAACAAUUUCAAACAGUGCCUACAGUGAUUAAAAGAAAACAACUAACUGUUAAUGGUCAGUAGCGCUAUUAAGCCUAUUGUAGGGAAUUGCCAAGACAGUGCUGGCAAAACUGUUUUGGUCAACAUCUUUUAGUUCUCAGUAGAAGCAUUGUGUACUUAUGAAAGGGAAGUGCUCAGUGCAAAUAACAGCACCUGCAGCAAGGGUGUUGUGUUAAGAACUUCCAGAGCCAUCCAUCCUCAUUUGUUGGCUGGCAAAAGAAAUGUAUUUUACAACUUGCAUAGAGAAACUGAGUUUAAAUCUUGAUAAGACAUAAGUUUGAGCCCAGGAAGUUUGUAAGACAUGCAGAAAAUGCUUUUGUGAGAUCUUAGAAGAUUUCAAAGAUUGAGAGGUGAAGAGGAGGCGAGAGAGAAAAAAAACAGAUGUGGCCUCCCUUCUGCAAACAAAGACAUAUUUCAUAAGCUUUCUCCCUGUUUGUUGUGAUAGUUGCAUAUAUCCUCAGUUGUACUUCAUGGUUUUGUUAACUGGCAUGAAGAGCUACACAUAUCUAAAAAGUUCUUGUAGGUGAACUGAAUGAAAAGAAAGAGAAAUAAAUAGCUUCUCAACAGAGAGCUGCCCGAGUCCUCAUCACUUAAGCAUAGUAAUUAUCUUCUUAUUGUAUUAAUUAAGGUAUGGAUUUCCUUUACUUCCUGAGGAGAAAAAAAAACACCUGUCAUGACUAAUCUUCACAUUAUACAAGGGCAAAAAAAAAAGGAUAGUACCAUUAUAAUUAGUAGUCAAAAAGGCAUAUUUUAGUAAAAUAAAUUUGACAACAUCCACACCGCCUACUUUAUUAUAACACGCCAUGGGUUCUAGCAGUAAUAAUCUUAGUAUCUUGUGAAGGAAACAGGUAUGUGAAUUUGUAAAUAGAAAGUCUUAUCUCUUGCAAUUUAGAGAUAAUGAGAACAUUGAAAGCCAUGUCUUGAAGUAAGUGUUAGUGCUUUGUGGUGCGUACUGGGAGAGUCUUAAGUCACGACCUUUUAAGACUGGUUGUGGAGGCUUGGUUCAGUUGAACAUCUGGAUUCUGGUGGGUUUCAGCUUUUGGGAGUUAGAAACUAGGGGCACUUGUUUGAAAUGCCGGACCUCUGUUUUGAUUUUUUUUACUGUGAUGUCAAGAAGUGACUGAAACAUAAAAGGAAACAGUAACAAUAGUUCUCUAAUAUCCAACCUUCCAAUGCUAAGCAAUGGAUGGUAUGUCACAUAUCCACUAGACCUGAAAAAGUCAUUCCUUUUCAGCAAUGUGAACCUAUGGACUUUGGGAGAACAGAGAGACUUUUUGAUUCUAAAUCUGAUUACUACUUCCAGCAGAUAGAAAUCAUGCGUAAAGUCUUUUUCCUUGUUACAGUAUUUUAGCAGCAGAUGUACACAAAUUCUGUGAAGGAAAAAGGAGGUGACAUUAAAGCCUGGGGUGUUUGGUGGAUGAUUUUUUGUAGUGAAUUUAUAACUGUAUUUCUGGUAGCACAUUUUCAAUCAGGAAGCCUGACUGUGAGUCUUUGUGCUAUAUAGAAAAUAAUGAACGCAUCAAGGAUCUGGAGAACUCUGUGGAAAAACAGUGAUAAGGAUGAAUGAAAAUGGACCAAAACCAUAGAAUAAAAUCAGAACUGGCAGAAUAAGUAAAUGCAUCAAGUCAGGCUGACAAGAGACUAACUUUCAAGGAUCUGUUCUAUUCAAAUGGCUUUUUGGAAAGACCACUCUUGCCAAUCAACAGGGUCUAAGGUCCAAAGUAUCUUAUAGGAGUGCAGCAUCUGAGAUGCAUCUGUUAUUUUUGCAUGGAGUUCUAUGCAAAACUAAUUGGGCAAUACAAUAUAGAGAUAGUUAUUGUGUAAAGAACUAGUGGCUGAGUUCUGAUCUCAAGGGACCAUGCAAAAUGUAGGUUUCUUUGGGGAAAAAAGUGUUCUCUUCCUUGACUUAGGAUAACAAUUACAUUCUCAGCAAAUAUGAAAACAUCUGCCAUGCAUUUUAAAUAAAGAUGGGGUCCAUAGGGCUUGUCAAAAUUUCAUUUUUUUUACAUGCUGGGGGUUUUAUUUUAUUUUAAGUUCAAUUUCUUUUUUACCCCCUUGGCUUGCUGAAGUGAUACACAAAUCUUCCUGUAAAUACAGUCCCCACACAGUGCUGGUGUCUUUGGAGAUAGGCUGAAAAAUCAAGGGCUGUGGGAUUAUAACUAAGCCAAAACCAUUCUCAUUAUAGGAAAGGUAUCUUUUAUUUUGACUUGCUUUAUUUCUUGAACUCUAUAAAACAUGCAUUGGUUUUUCUGUUCACCAGGAAUUAUAGUAGCAGAGCUCUACUUAGAAAUUCUAAGAGAAGCAAUAAAACUAUUAUUUUGUAUUGCUGCCAAAGUACUGUCUAAAUAUUGGUACAUGUUGACUUUGUGAAUGUAGACAAGCUGUUUUAUUCAAGGAGCUUAUAGUGUAGUUGGUCUCAGAUGUUUUGUUAGAAAGGAUAAGGUCCAUCAGCAGAGUGUGUUUUUCCUUUGUCCUUCACUCUUGAUGUCAUGAGGUUGCUUUUCCUUGUUUGGUUAUAUUCUCUUUUAAAUGGCUUACUAGAAUUUGGCACAGGAACUAAACAGGAAAUAGCUUCCUGUUAGAGGUUUAGGAUAAUAGAAAGUGACUGUAGCAUUUUUUCUGAAUUGCUGCAUUUUAACAUCUCCCACAUGUAGGUCUAUGGGAUGGCCUCCCAGUUCAUGCACAGAGUUAAAUAUUGAAACUUGUUUUUUCCAGGGAGAUGGUUAUUAUUUUAAGGCAAGGCAAAUCAAGCUGGCCUAGCUUUCAGGCAAGUCUAAAAGGUGUCUACACACAAGGUACUAAUGUGUCUUGAUAAGCUAAAAUAAUCCUUAUUUUAAUGGCAGGAGUCUCUCAUCUCAAAACCCCAAUAAAUUCAGCACUGACAUACUACAAAACUGUAUGAUUUAAAAGAAAUCCCCCAAUAAUAAUUAAUGGAACAAAUGUGGACAAAUGUAUAAGGGAUUUAUCCAAAACUCAUUCUCAAAGUUGGUGUACCAGAACUUUAGGUAUGUGAGCACUUCUAUUAUUAUCCUAUUUGUAAGCAUAAUAUCUAAUAAAAAUUUAACUGUUCAAAACAAAA